AUGUUGAAAGAAUUUCUAGCCGAGCAGGCGGAACUACGAAAGAAGAACAAGUUCCUCGAGGCGUGGAUCAUCAAACACAUGAAAAAGAUACAAGAGAAAGUGACUACUACUGACGUGACAGAGCCCGAGCAAAUGGAGCAGAUUUAUAGACAAACGUUGCAGACGUACAAGCUACGUCGCGACGACAUAAUGGAGCGGAGGGCGCGUACGACGGCCGAUGUGCAGAGUUACGAAGACAAAGUGCGGAAGACGCGCGACGAGAACGCGCGAGUGUUUAACGAACUUCUGGACCGCGAGCGGGAAGUGGCGACAGGUCUCAUUUACACCAAGACUGGAGGAAAGAUCACCGAGAGGGCCAUCAACGAGAUAACCCGCCGGCAGUACCGUCUUGAGGACCUGAAUUCGCAGCUGAGGGACCUGGAAGCGCUCGGCGAGGGGAUGACCACUAUGGACUACGAGGCUCUGCACGUAGCUCAGAUCAAUUGCAGGGACAAGUUGGACGAGCGUGACAGAGAGCUGGAAAAAUUGCGCUCCAAAAUUGCUCAAGUGGUUAACGGAAUCGCUCACUACAAGGAGAAGGAGACGUGCCUCGCGGAGGAUAUCGAGUUUGAAGAACACGAAUUGAACGAGCAUUGCGAGCAGGCAAUCAGAGUUCGUGAGGACGUCAACAAGCUCCAUUUAAUUCUGAGAGAUUUACGGCGGGCUCACGACGCGAAGCGGCACGACGCCGGGCUGCUGAUGGCUCAACCGGUGCUGCGCGAGAUGGAGAAGACGAUGAAGUUGCUGGACGUCUUGAGGAACGACAUUGAGAUAAUCAAGCAGGAGAUUCAGCAGGACGGCCCUGCGAACAGGAGGAAGACGACGAGCGCCGAGGCAUCAGCAAUGACGACGAUGACGCAGGACUAA